UUUGCGUCAGUGGGAUAAUUUGAUUUACGGCAGCGUGGUACUUUUUAAAAUUUCUUGGAGCAUCGAUGAUUCAGUUCGCCGGUGGGAUUUAAAACUUGUUUAUUUAGAAGAACGUUGACUUAUUCGUUGUUUUUUAAGUAUUCACCAUGGAUGUAGGUGAACUUUUGAGUUAUCAGCCGGACAAGGGCGCCAAGCGGCUGCGAGACGAUGACCCAGAGGAGGAGCACAGGGGGCGCCAGAGGCUGCAGGUGGGCAGAGAUGCCGGACGAUUCCCAGAGGCAGAUGACCCGAAAAGCGAGGACCUGGUUCACGACAAGAAGAAGCUCCAGGAGCUCAUGGAGAAUGAAGAUCAGGAGGAUCAGGAGGCCGAACCUCUCGAUGAGAGCUCAGUGAAGAAGAUGAUCCUGACGUUUGAAAAAAGAUCUUAUAAAAAUCAAGAGCUACGGAUUAAGUUCCCUGACAGUCCUGAAAAAUUCAUGGAGUCUGAGCUUGACCUGAAUGACAUUAUUCAGGAGAUGCAUGUAAUAGCCACCAUGCCUGACCUCUAUCACUUACUCGUGGAGCUGAAUGCUGUGCAUUCCUUGCUUGGGCUGCUUAGCCAUGAAAACACUGAUGUAGCCAUAGCAGUGGUGGAUCUGUUACAGGAGCUGACAGACAUUGACACGCUUCAUGAGAGCGAGGAAGGUGCAGAAGUGCUUAUAGAUGCCCUGCUGGAGGGACAAGUGGUAGCUCUGCUGGUGCAGAACAUGGAGCGCCUGGAUGAGCAGGUGAAAGAAGAAGCAGACGGAGUCUACAACACACUUGCAAUAACUGAGAACAUGGCAGAGUUCAGGCCCGGGCUGUGCACAGAGGCCGCGCAGCAGGGGCUGAUGCAGUGGCUGCUGAAGAGAAUAAAGGCAAAGAUGCCAUUUGAUGCCAACAAGUUGUACUGCAGUGAAAUUCUGGCCAUCUUACUCCAGAACAAUGACAGUACCAGAGAGCUCCUGGGAGAGCUGGAUGGGAUCGAUGUGUUACUGCAGCAGCUCUCUGUGUUCAAGCGACACAACCCCAGCACUGCGGAGGAGCAGGAGAUGAUGGAGAAUCUGUUCGACUCGCUGUGCUCCUGCCUCAUGUUGGCAGCCAAUCGGGACCGCUUCCUCAAGGGGGAGGGGCUGCAGCUGAUGAACCUCAUGCUAAGGGAGAAGAAGAUGUCUCGGAUGAGUGCUCUGAAGGUACUCAACCACGCCGUCAUUGGCCCAGAGGGCUCUGACAACUGCCACAAGUUUGUGGACAUCCUGGGGCUCAGGACCAUCUUUCCCUUGUUCAUGAAAACCCCAAAGAGAAUGAAGAAGGCUGGUCUGUCGGACAAGGAGCACGAAGAGCAUGUGUGCUCCAUUAUUGCCUCUAUGCUAAGAAACCUGAAGGGCCAGCAGCGAACUCGGCUCCUCAGCAAAUUCACAGAGAACGACUGUGAGAAGGUCGACAGGCUCAUGGAGCUGCAUUUCAAGUACCUGGAAGCGGUGCAGUUGGCAGACAAGAAGAUCGAAGGAGAGAAGCACGACAUGGUGCGACGCGGGGAGAUUAUCGACGACACCAUGGAAGAUGAAUUCUAUUUGCGUCGCUUGGAUGCUGGGCUCUUUGUCCUUCAGUUGCUCUGCUACAUCAUGGUGGAGAUUAGCAGUGCUGGCAUCCCCCAGCUGCAACAAAGGGUCCAUCAGAUUCUGAACCUGCGGGGAGGCUCUGUCAAGGUGGUCCGCCACAUCAUGAGAGAGUAUGUGGAAAACCUUGGAGAUGGAAAAAGUGCAGAAUUUAAAGAGAACGAACAGAAGAGGAUUCUCGACCUUCUUGAAGACUUUUGAUCCCACACCACUGAUCUGUUGCAGGAGCACACGUGACUUCUCCACCCUCUGAGUCACCAGAUCCGUGAUGAUUUGAAACCAUGACAAGGGACAGUGCUGAACCAGGAAUUUCAGAAUGGAAUUUGUGUAAUUGUUUCAGGCAGCCAUUUUUUUAAUGCAACCCAUCUUCUAAAAAACUUAGUGAACUUUUUUCCUAGAAUGUAAAUGAUUUUUUUAAAUAAAAAUGUUUAUAAGCAGACAGGAGACUAUUCCACUGUACAGGUAAAAAGCAGUGAUGUGUGAAAUUAAAAAUGUUUAAAAUCGC